GCUGCCGCGGCCAUCUACAGCCAUGUCUUCCAACGCAAUGAUCCGUUCUGGAACUCUUCGCACGGUAGUCAACGCUGUGCAGAAACUGUACCCGCCCCCUCAUCCACAGUCGCCGCUUGGGGAUCCCCGCUAUUGACAUCUUCGUACAGCUACCCACAAGCACUUGCGGACAAAACCUGGGAUAACACAGGCCGUACGCCCUGCCCUCUUUCCACGAUAAUAUGAUACUAAAGCUAACAGUGUACUAGUCCUCCUCGAAGCCCCAGACCGAAUCGACCGUGCCCCUCUCAAAGCCCAUAAAGUCCUCCUGACAAUUGACCUCACGAAAGCCGUAGCGGACGAAGCAAUCUCACUAAAGUCUUCCGUGAUAGUAGCCUACCGUACUACCCUAUUCCCACUCCGCAUUGCCUACCCCGGCUUUGCUAACGCGGUGGAAUAUAGACCCGAUAAUUUUCCGCCCUUUAAAAUCGCUCACACUAGCGAAUACACAACAAGAGAGCCUCCUGAAGUUGGCGCAGGAAGGCAUCAGCGUAUACUCCCCGCAUACGGCCGUCGACGCUACGAUCGGGGGGGUUAAUGAUUGGCUGGCGGAUGGGAUUUCUGGUGGGAAGGGGGAGGAGAGUGGGAGAGCGGUAAUUGAGGGGGUUAAGGACGUUCCAGGUUUGUUUGUUUUACUGCCUAAAGGGGGGGUUGGGGGCCGAAAGAAGGAGGAGAGUUAAUUGAGAGUGGUGGGGGGGCUAUAGGAUACGAGGACUCGGGAAUGGGCCGUAUAAUAACGCUCAAAGAACCAGAAGAGUUUCAAGAGCUCGUGGAUAGAGUGAAGAGGUUUUUGGGAUUGAAGCAAGGUUGGUUUGCACUCGCUUCCCCGAGGAUCAUGGUUUGCUAGCGUGAACUGAUGGCGGGAGUAUCAUAGUCAUGAUUGGAAGCCCCCCCGGCGGCAAACGGGUCCGCACGAUAGCCGUAUGCGCCGGCUCCGGCGCUUCCAUGUUCAAGAACAUCGAUGCGGACUUGUUAUUCACGGGGGAGCUCUCGCAUCACGAGGCGCUCGCGGCGAAGGAACGGGGGGUUGGGUUUAUUACUUGUGAGUCCUUAUUUUGCCCUACCUACCAAAUAGGGGCGAGUGAGAACUGAUAAGAAUAGGCUUCCAUACAAACAGUGAAAGGGGCUUUCUGAGAGAUGUUAUGAAGGGGAAGUUGACUGAGGUUUUAAAAAACGAGGCGGAGCGGGAGGUGGAGUUUGAGGUUGUGGUCAGUGAGAGGGAUAGGGAUCCUUUUGAGAUUGUU